CCGAGACUCGGUGCUGGCCUUUGGAUAUUCUCAACGCCUCACUGUCGACACCCGGCAGUCUCCGGGUUAAAAAAAAGCCACCUUCAUUCUCCAAAUCCAGCCUUUCUAGUCUCUCGUUAACUCCGAUUUCCGUGGACUCCGUUUUUCUUUCCAACAUUCCGCCCUGCGCAACCUCUAGUGACCGAGAGCGCCCCCAGAUCUCCCAAUCGCAAAUCGCAACCCCUCGCUUCCUCCCCGGUCCCUCCCCCUCCCACCCCCCAAAAAAAACGACAGCGUGAAACAUCGCACACCUCAGAACGCCACCGACCUGCCUUGUGAUACGUCAGGUACUUUCCUAUGGGUGCCAAAUCCCGCCGCUCGAGAUCGCCGACCACUCCAAACGGUUCCCUCGGGCGCUCCUCCGGGAGAAAGGCCAACGGCAAUCUCGCUAGGAUGAAUACCAACGUCGAACUGCAGCGGCGCAACAUUUCGCACGAGACCUCGACCCCAACCGGCGCUACCAAGAACCUGGUGGCGCGCGAAUCCUUCUCUCUCGAUAACCCCGUCCCCCAGACGCCCACCGUCAACGACCAUGGCUUCUUCGACCUGCCAAAGAGGGAUCAGAGGAACUUCGGCUUGCUGGUCCUCCUAUACUUCCUCCAGGGCAUUCCCCUCGGUCUUGCGACCGGAUCUGUUCCAUUCCUCCUCAAGAACCACCUGUCGUAUAGCGAGAUUGGCGUCUUCAGCUUAGCAUCGUACCCCUACUCUCUCAAGCUCUUCUGGAGCCCCAUUGUGGAUGCGGUAUGGAGUCCCAAACUCGGCAGGAGGAAGAGCUGGAUCCUCCCGAUCCAGUUGCUCUCCGGUAUUGGCAUGCUCUACCUGGGCUCGGUGGUCGAGGACAUGAUGGAGACGAUGGGCAAGCCCGGCGGUCCCACCGUCUGGGGCUUUACCGGCUGGUGGUUCUUCCUGGUGCUCAUGUGUGCCACCCAGGACAUCGCCGUCGACGGAUGGGCGCUCACCCUCCUCACCCCGGGCAACAUCUCGUACGCGUCUACCGCGCAGACGGUCGGCCUGACCGCCGGCCAGUUCCUCUCCUACACCGUCUUCCUGGCCCUCAACUCCAAGGACUUCGCCAACCGCUGGUUCCGCACCGAGCCGCUCGACUACGGCCUGAUCAGCCUGGGCGGUUACCUCACCUUUGCCGGCUGGGCGUACAUCCUCGUGACCGCCGGCCUGGCCCUCCUCAAGCGCGAGGAGAGGACCAAGAACGAGGACGGCAUCUGGGACGUCUACAAGAUCAUGUGGGGCGUGCUCAAGCUCAAGAACAUCCAGGCCAUCAUCAUCGUCCACCUCAUCGCCAAGAUCGGCUUCCAAGCCAACGACGCCGCCACGAGCCUCAAGCUCCUCGACAAGGGCUUCGGCACCGAGAACAUGGCCCUCACCGUGCUCAUCGACUUCCCCUUCGAGAUCGGCCUGGGCUACUACGCGGGCAAGUGGUCCCAAGAAUACACCCCCAUGCGCCUCUGGUGCUGGGGCUUCGCCGGCCGGCUCGCCGCCGCCGUCGCGGCCCAGUUCACCGUCUCCAUCUUUCCCCCGACGGCGACGGCCAGCAGCAGCGGCGGCAUCCCCGCCUGGUACCUGCUCGCCGUCAUGGCGCAGCACGUCCUCUCGACCUUCACCAACACCAUCAUGUUCGUCGCCGUCGCCGCCUUCCACGCCCGCAUCGCCGACCCGGUCAUCGGCGGCACCUACAUGACCCUCCUCGCCACGGUCUCCAACCUAGGCGGCACCUUCCCGCGCUUCUUUGUGCUGCGCAUGGUCGACGCCUUCACGAGCGCCACUUGCGUCCCCAAGGCGGCGGAUUCCAAGUUCGCCGCGCCCUUCAGCUGCGCCGUCCAGGCCGACAAGGAGCGCUGCCUGGCGGACGGCGGCGUCUGCGAGAUGCAGCGCGACGGCUACUAUAUCGUCAACGUCCUCUGCGUCCUCGUCGGCCUCGUCACCUUCGUCUUGUUUAUCCGCCCCAAGGUGCUGCAGCUCCAGGCCCUGCCGCUCCGUGCUUGGCGGCUCUCGCCUUCGUCGUCCAAGUAUUGAGAUCUUGUUGUCCGUUCUCGGCACCUCGAUUUUCUGAAGGGCUUGGGUAUGCCAGAUGUAACUCGGAAAACUUUGGUGUUAAUAGAGAAAUGCAAAUCCGUGCAAACUUACGCGGCGUUUCUUGUUCUCUGUCGAUCGUUGGGUCCAAGAGCUGCUGGCAUCUGGGUGUGCUGUUGAUCUUGAGCGAAGCUACAUCUCCACUACUUCGGCAGCGCUACAUCAGAGGCAGCCAUGUCAUAGAUCCUAC